CACUGCAGUAAUCCUGCAAUACAUUGUAGAGAGAUGCUGGACAAAUAUCCCUGAGGAAUUAUGCUAGUUUAGAAACAUUACAGGGAUGCUUUAUCUGUAUAAUUUGGGAUUUAAAAACAUAAUAAUAGUAUCUCAUUAAACACGCCAUUUUACCAGUGCCACACAUUGCUUUUCAUUUUUUUACUUGUGCAAGUAGCUGCCAACAGAGAUACAUAAACAAGAAUUUAUUCAACUGUGGAUCCACAAAUCAGUGAUAUUUAAAGAAACAUUUCUCAAGUUUCAGUUUUGUUUUUCAAGAAUUUAAGACCCUUUUGUUUGGACUAUUUAUUUAAUUAUGAUUAAUUUAUGUAUAUUUUAUUGUAUGUAUGUUUCAUCAUUAUUUUAUCAACCUGUUGUUUUUUUUUAUUAUUGAUUUUAACUUUACAAAUUCUUAUUGUUUAUUGUUUUAAUAACGUCCACAGAUUGCCUGCCUGUGUUCAAGCAUUGAUCCUGCCUGGCAUAGCUGUUCAAUGACUUGGUCCGGGGUUGGGUGGGAUUGGGGUAGGGGUCCGAUAGAGUGAUGAUGGUGCAGCAGUGGAGCAGUUUGACCUCCCACCGGAGGAGUGGCGUUGACAGAAGGAUGGUCCAGCAGAUAGAGGCGGUAGCAUGCUGAGCGCAGCCGCCGCACAAUGCCACACACAAACUCACCCGAGCAGUGGAAGUAGACUUCUUUACCUUCAUGCCACCGCAGGGGUGACAGCAAGCGCCAAACCCACAGAGCCAAAGAUCAGCACUACAGCGGUCAAACAUCAGCAGCCGCUCCAGUGAUCCGCUCUGCUCAGCACAUUCAGUAAGGAGAUUUAUCACACGCAACCUGAAGAGAUGAGCGGCAGCAAGAAGAUGGAGGAUGAGGCGGUGCUGGACCGGGGGGCAUCCUUACUCAAGCACAUCUGUGACGAGGAGGAAGUAGAGGGUCACCACACCAUUUACAUCGGCGUGCAUGUGCCCAAGAGCUAUCGGCGUCGGAGGCGUCACCGUCGGAGAACCAGCCACAAGGACAGAAAGGAGAGGUUGACGGAGAACACCUCUGACAAGUCGGACACAGAAAACAACGAUGAGGCCAGCAACAGCAUCCUCAAACCUCUCAUCUCGCCGGCAGCUGAGAGGAUCCGCUUCAUCCUCGGGGAAGAGGAUGAUGGCCCGGCGCCCCCACAACUCUUUACUGAGUUGGAUGAGCUGCUGUCGGUGGAUGGACAGGAGAUGGAGUGGAAGGAGACGGCCAGGUGGAUCAAGUUUGAGGAGAAGGUAGAGAAAGGAGGUGAACGCUGGAGUAAGCCCCACGUGGCUACGCUGUCCUUACAUAGCCUUUUUGAACUGCGGACGUGCAUAGAGAAAGGCACCAUCAUGCUGGACAUGGAAGCUUCCACUCUGUCUCAGGUUGUUGAGCUGAUCACUGACAACCAGAUAGAGAUCGGCCAGCUGAAAGCAGACCUGAAGGACAAAGUGAUGUACACGUUGCUACGGAAACAUCGUCACCAGACCAAGAAGUCUAACCUGCGCUCUCUGGCUGACAUCGGCAAGACGGUCUCCAGUGCAAGUAGGCUGUUUUCCAACCAGGAAAACGCUCGCAGUCCUCUUGAGAACUCUGUGACUUGCCUGUCGGGUCGCAUAUCAAUGGAGGACUUGCAGUCCCAAAGGAGUACCAGCAUGGACUGGCUUAAUAGUCCCACCACAACUCAACGGAACCUGACCUCCAGCAGCCUGAACGACAUUUCUGACAAACCGGAAAAAGACCAGCUGAGGAACAAGUUUAUGAAGAAGUUGCCGAGAGACGCCGAGGCCUCCAAUGUGCUGGUGGGGGAGGUGGACUUCCUGGACGCGCCGUUUGUGGCGUUUGUUCGUCUACAGCAAGCUGUGAUGCUGGGAGCUUUAACAGAAGUUCCUGUUCCCACAAGAUUUUUAUUCAUCUUGCUUGGACCCAAAGGCAAAGCCAAGUCGUACCAUGAGAUUGGCAGAGCGAUCGCCACGCUGAUGUCAGAUGAGGUCUUUCAUGACAUUGCUUACAAGGCCAAGGACAGACAAGACCUGCUGGCCGGCAUCGACGAGUUCCUGGAUGAGGUGAUCGUGCUUCCUCCUGGAGAGUGGGACCCGGCCAUCAGGAUAGAGCCCCCGAAAUCCCUCCCCUCCUCUGACAAAAGGAAAAACAUGUAUUCAGGAGGGGACUCUCAGAUGAAUGGAGAUAUGCCUCAUGAUGGAGGUCACGGAGGAGGGGGGCACGCUGUAGGGGACGAGCUGAAGAAGACUGGAAGAUUUUGUGGGGGUCUCAUACUCGACAUCAAAAGAAAAGCGCCUUUCUUUGUCAGUGACUUCACUGAUGGAUUUCACAUUCAGGCCUUGUCGACCAUUUUGUUUAUUUACCUGGGAACUGUGACGAACGCCAUCACCUUCGGUGGUCUGCUGGGGGAUGCUACAGAAAACAUGCAGGGUGUGUUGGAGAGUUUUCUGGGCACAGCGAUCACCGGUGGGAUUUUCUGUCUGCUGGCUGGCCAGCCUCUCACCAUCCUCAGCAGCACCGGUCCUGUUCUGGUGUUUGAACGGCUGCUCUUUAAUUUCAGCAGAGAUAAUGACUUUGACUACAUGGAGUUCCGCCUGUGGAUUGGCCUGUGGUCGGCGUUCUUCUGCCUGGUGCUCGUGGCCACUGACGCCAGCUUCUUGGUUCAGUACUUCACCCGGUUCACUGAGGAGGGCUUCUCCUGUCUCAUCAGCUUCAUCUUCAUCUAUGAUGCCUUCAAGAAGAUGCUCAAAUUAGCUCACCACUAUCCCAUCAAUGCCGAGUUUAAGAUGGAAUAUGUCACACAAUAUGACUGCCUCUGUAUGGCCCCUGCUGUUCUAGAGAACAGCACAGACAUCAUCGGCGAUCCUUUAGAAGGUACUUCAGUCUGGUACUGGAACAACACUGAUCUGCCAAUGAACGCCACAUGGUCGUCCCUCACAAAGACGGAGUGCUUAAAGUACAAAGGAGAGCUGGUGGGGAAGGCCUGCGAGUUUGUCCCAGACAUCACCCUCAUGUCCUUCAUUCUGUUCUUUGGCACUUACACCUGCUCCAUGUGUCUGAAGAAGUUCAAGACCAGCCCUUUCUUCCCCACCACCGUGAGGAAGCUCAUCAGUGACUUUGCCAUCAUCCUGGCCAUCCUCAUCUUCUGUGGAGUGGAUAUGCUCGUAGGAGUCGACACUCCUAAACUCAUUGUGCCAACUGAAUUCAAGCCAACAAGUCCUAACCGGGGCUGGUUUGUGCCCCCGUUCGGAGGAAACCCCUGGUGGGUUUACCUGGCGUCGGCUCUUCCUGCCCUGCUGGUGACCAUAUUGGUCUUCAUGGAUCAGCAGAUUACGGCUGUGAUCGUCAACAGGAAGGAGCACAAGCUGAAGAAAGGGGCAGGUUACCAUCUGGAUCUGUUCUGGGUGGCCAUUCUGCUGGUGAUUUGCUCCUUCAUGGGUCUGCCGUGGUACGUGGCAGCCACCGUUAUCUCUAUCGCUCACAUCGACAGUCUGAAGAUGGAAACGGAAACAUCGGCCCCUGGAGAGCAGCCGAAGUUCCUGGGUGUGAGAGAGCAGAGGGUCACUGGUGUGUGUGUGUUCAUCCUGACAGGACUGUCUGUAUUUAUGUCUCCUAUUUUAAAGUUUAUUCCCAUGCCUGUGUUGUAUGGAGUCUUCCUAUACAUGGGAGUCGCCUCUCUCAAUGGAGUUCAGUUUAUGGAUCGUCUCCAGCUGCUUUUGAUGCCAGCGAAGCAUCAGCCAGACCUGGUUUACCUGCGACACGUUCCCCUCAGGAAGGUCCACCUCUUUACCUUCAUCCAGGUCCUCUGCUUGGCUCUGCUCUGGAUCCUCAAGUCCACUGUGGCCGCCAUUAUAUUCCCUGUCAUGAUCCUCGCUCUGGUAGCUGUCAGAAAAGCGAUGGACUACAUGUUCUCCCAGCAUGACCUCAGCUUCUUGGACGAUGUCAUCCCAGAGAAGGACAAGAAGAAGAAAGAGGACGAGAAGAAGAAAAAGAAAAAACGAGGCAGCAUAGACAGCGACGCUGAAGACUCUGACUAUCCUUACAAUGAGAAUGUUCCCAGCAUUAAAAUCCCCAUGGACAUGAUGGAGCAGGAGCCCUUCUUAGGUGAUAAGGCCUCUGACAGAGAGAAGUCCCCAUCAUUCCUUGACCGACACACAUCGUGCUGAGCAGCUUCGCUACUACCAGGCCAACUACUUGUCCAGCCCCGAGAUGAGUCCGCUGAAGUCUGUGCCUCAGAUUAGAAUAGACAUGGACCCAGACGAUGAUAAUUCAUUCUACUGGAAGAGCAGAGGGUCUGAAACGUCUCUGUAGAGCACCGAACCACCGCCACGCAAAUCCUGCAGCACCCGCAACACAACUCUCUUUUUUACUUUUCUUUUUAACUCCAAAAGACUUUGUUCUGAAUUAGGUAGUACAGGAAAAAAAAGGGAACGUACUAAGGAACAAAAAAAGCUAACACGACAAUACAUUUUUAAUAAUGAAGCUAUUUUAAAACCAUUUCUUUCCUCACAGCUCCACAGUAAACAAACACUGUUAAAUGUAACUCCUUACUACUCUUCUAUGCAACUCCUCCCACAUAUUGCUGAUCAACAGUGAAUGCUGCAGCUCUCUCUGACCAUGCAUGGACUGCCCUCCCUGCUCUUUUUAUAUAAAUAUAUAUAAAUAUCAUCGGUCUGAAUUUUUAUAUAAAUUGAAUUACUCUAAUAACAUUUUCCUGUAGCAGGAAAAUUAUGUUUUUUAUAGCUCUACCUCUUGUUUUAGAUUAAAUGCUUAUUAUGAACAAACGCAACAUGUUGAUUUUUGACGCAGCAUGGGGUUUUGAUAUUUUCUCUCUGUCCUCUUGUAGAGUUGAAAUGAUUCAAGAGAUUCACUGUAUUAUAGCUUGUGAAGGAAAUGUGUGCAAAUAGAUAUUUUAAGUUAAUUAACAGUUAAUUAACAAUGCAUAUAUGUAUAUGCAGAUGAGGUAAAUAUUUUUAUCACUUUUUGAUGCAGUUUUGAUUGCUUCACCUUCUUUCUAAUUUUCUGAAUAUUUCUUUCACGUGUUCACUUCAAAGCUUUUGUUACUUUUUCUUUUUUUAAUGAUGUUGUGUAUGUUGGUAACCUUUUCUUGUGUCAUUCGUUUUAUUUCUUUAGAAAACAGUACAGCUAUUACAUAAUCAUCCGGUUUUCCUCAGCCAAACUUAAACUCUAACUAGGUAUGCAUGUCAUAAUUGCUUCUGCUGCACAAACUACUUUACCUAAGUGGCUUAUAAGAAAUCGAUCCAGACUGAAAUUAUUAUGGUAACGAUAUGACAAAUGUGAAGAGAAUCAAAUCCGUGUAAGCUCCACGCACUGGGACCGCGUCAGUCCACAGCAGGUUUAUUUCUUUUUGUCUCAGCUGCUGUUGAAAAUUGGAUCACAUGUUUCUUUUUGUUCUAUACAUUAAAGGAUUUUGAUUUUUCCCAAGUCCACCUUAAUGCAAUACUCACAUGCCAUAUUGUAUGUACACUGAGGGAGUCCAUACAGGCCGUGACACGACCCCCUUUGCAGAGCAUUAAACUGAAAGUUAUGGGGGACGAAAUCCACAGUCCUUAUUCUGUGCAGUCUAAUAUAAUGGAGGCCGUAAUUUACCUAGCUCCAAUCGUUACCAUUAUAUUGGCACACGCUUAAGUAGUUAAUUUCCCAAUCUGUGUGUUUCUGUGCAUCGUUUUUCUGAUUCAAAUCCUGGUGGCGCAUUAAAUUAUAUCAAAGAAUUGCGAACCUGCUUUCAGUGUUUUUACAUAGUUUAGCGGAGUAGAAAAUACGAGACAAUAAAAAACAAAACAAGAACACAAUUGGUUCAUGCAAGUUUGACACUCGUGCGCGUCAGAGGAAAUUCGGAUAAACUUGAACCUUUCUCAACUUCCCAAAGUCGCCACUGGGCACUUUGAGUAUUGGUGGGCGACGCCAACAUGUUUAAGGUCUCGUUCACAAUUAAACACUGGAAACCAACAACCUUCCAUUGAGUCUGUAUGUGUGAACGAGGCCUGAGUCAAAAGAAGUGGCUAUCUUCGUCCUGGUGGUCAUGUGUAAGUUUGUUACUGGUGCCGUGUCCUAGCAACAAACCCAUAGACCAGGGGCCUGUUCCAUAAAGCGAGUUUACCAAAUAAGCCAGGCUUAUUUUGGUUAGUCUGACUCAUUUUAAGUUGAUUCGGUUCCAUAAAGCAAAUUUAAACAUAGUUCCCAGCAUAAGUUGCCAUAGUAACUGAGAUGUUAAAUGUUAAAUUUGCUCAACAAAGAAACACAAAGAGGGAAUUUCUUAUUUUAAAAAAGAUCAUCAUUUUGGAGGACACUCGCUUGAUUUGUCUGCUGAAGCUUUAACAAGAACUUUAAAUACAUUUUGUCCCCCACCUUUUUAGUGUAGUCGCUUUAGGAAGAUAUUGUGUCACGGCGAGUAUGGAGAGGAGGAAUGAUUACAGCGAUCAGUAACUCUCAGUGUAUAUAUGGGCUGUGAGCGUUAUGUUCAGACUUGUAAAAAUCCAAACUCAUCUUUAAAACAAAACUUCCACAGUUGUUUUUAGGACUUGAUCUGCUAAAAAUGAGGCAGAGACAACAAGCCAGAAUGGCACUGUUCAUCAUUUACAGUAUCCCCACUUUAUCUCUAAAGGGCACACUGAAGCACUUUCUCACUUGGACAUUUCAGUCUAAGUGGGUCACAGAAUUCAUUUAAAACAGGAAGUCCUCUCUGUCUUCAUCACCACUAGAGAAAUAAAAUGAAACCGUGCGAUAUGAGCCGCGUUCCUCCUCUGUAAAUCAUGUACAUAAAAGGCACGUCGGCUCAAACCAAAAUGCAACAAGUUACUUUGUACCAUCACGGUUAUUGUGUUUAAUUUGUUUGUCAGUAUGUUUCAGUUCAUCAGCCGGAAUAACAAUAUAAUUUAUACUCCACAUCAGUGUUUUUAAGCAGUCAACAGCAGAGAGUGGAAACAAGUGUGACUUAAUGUCUGAGACAUAUUAUGUGGGGAGUUGUUAGUUUAAUGUGUGUCAUUUUGUGUAAGCAUGUCGGACAACGUACAACAUGAAAUGAAAAACGUGUUAAUUUUAGCGUUCGGGAUACUGAUGUUCUAUUUGAUUAACUUUUUGUGACUUUUUAGAAUGGUUUAUUUUAGAAUUUAUAUUUUUCAAAUGAAAUGUAUAUUGAAAAUAAACCGAAUGAUCAAACAGUGA